AUGUUUAAUUAGAAAAAAGACUAUAUAAAAAAAAAAUAUAAAGAUGUUCCACCAUUAAACAUUGGCGAUGUGAAUAGAAUAUUGCAACAAUAUAAAAGUGAUGAAGAUAAAUUUAGAAUGUUUGCAUCAAUUUUAGAAAUUUAAAAAUAGCACACCACACGAACACAUGAAAGUAAUACAGAAGAAGUUCUAAGGAAGAAUGUAUAGAGAUUGAUUGAACUUUAUGGAGACAUGGAUAUUAAUUAUGAUGCUCUCAAUAAUAUUUAUAAGAAAGUUGAUGAAAAUUAGGACAUCUAAACUUAAAUUGAAAAAAUUGAAUAUAGCAAUAUAUUUUAAGGAGAUAUGAAUUCUUAAAUAAUAAGCGUACAAAAGUAGAUUGAUAAAUAUGAUCAUUACUUGAAUGUCAUCUAAACUAAGCUUUCUAAAAAUGUAUUCACCAAUUACUCUAGUUAUCUCCAAGCUCUUACUCACAUUGAUUCAAUCGGAAAUGUCAGUUAAACACUAAUCAUUAAGGUUAAAGAGAGCAGAGAAAAGAUGUAGAAAACAUAAUAGACAGUGAUAAAGCACAGCAAAUAGAUUUUGGAGAAAAGACAAUAAAUACUAAACUUAUAACUAUUGAUAGAAACGCUAAAGAAAGUUAAAGAUCAGUAUGUUUUGCCUUACGAAAGCUUUGUGCUUAGUAUGUAGAAUGGAUAUAUAGAUGCAUCAACCUACCUACCUACAAUUAUAAAUAUUGAAAUAAAUGAUGGUUUCUAAUUUAUACCCAAAAAUUAUAAAGAGGAUAGGAUUGAAUACGUUAGAAAAUUGACAUGUAAAGGGAUAAUCGAUUAGUUUAUCAAUUAUGACGAAAAAAUAUACAAAAUUCAUUAUGACUCCUAUCUUUACAUGGAAAAAAAUAAUAUAGUACAACCUUAUGAUUAAAUAGUUCACAUCCUAAUUUUGAGAGCAUUUGAAGCUAAAUUAUAGAUAGUAUUUGAUCAAAUUAGUCAAAUUUUAUAAAUAGACUUUUAUUUUGACAAUUUAACAGAUUCUUUAAAUUAGAUUUCAAAGGAACAACUCACUGAAUUUUAUAGAGAAUUAUGUUGUCAAACGGUUCAUUUUUUUAUGAAUUUUCAUUUGAUCAUAAGAUUCCAUAUUGAAAAUACUCAAAAUUCCUAAAUUAUUCAAUUAAGAAAAUUAAUUUAUGAAAAAGUGUUCGAUAGAAUUUGUGAUUUUAUUGAUUAAACAACAAGUUGGCCUCGAAUGAACAAAGAAGAUAUGAUUUGCUUUUUUGGUAUGCUUACUAUUUUGAUUUCUAAAUGUGAAGUGUUUGGAGGUUAAAACCUUUAGAAAUACAAAACAUUUAUAGAGGAUAAGUUUAAUAAUUAUUUAGAGACAAGAGGAAAUGAUAAGCAAAUCAAAGAAUCACUAUUAAAUGAAGAUUGUAAGAAAUGCAUGAAAAUCACACUUAAUUAAACUUAAAAUAUUCUACAAAUAGCUAAUAAAUAAUCAAAAUUUCACAUUUUUGAUUAUACAGAUCCACUUCCAGAUACAUUGAAUAUCUUCAAAUCGAUUGAAUACAAGAAAAUAAUAGAUUUAAUUAUGGGUACAACUGUCUCUAUGAAAAAAUAAAAUAAUACAUCUAGUUUAAUUUAUUAAGGGAAAGAAAGAACACUCUUAUUGACAUCAACUGUUAGUUAAUUGUACAUUAUAAUUCAACAAUAGCUGAUGUACAUUCAUUUCUGUUAAUAGCAUAAAAUAAAAUUAGUGGAAGAAUUGAUCUUCUUAAUUAACUAUUAUAUUUAUACUUUAGCUAUUCCUAUGAUAUUAGAUGAACAUAAAAGAUAUAUUUUUGAUGAUACGCUUAAUUUUAAUUAUGACUAAAAGUAAGAGCCAGAUCAAUAUACAUAAUAAUUUGAACACAUUAGUUAUGUCAUCCUCUAUAGGGAGAAAUAUGUAGAUUUGAUCAAAUAUCUCAAAAAAAUCCUCAUUCCAAAAGAUCUUAAGGUUAAAAAAACCUAUCAAUUUGAUUUAAUGGAUAGAGUUGUAUACAUUGAAUCAAUAUUGUUUCUAAUUAAUGAAUUUGAUUCAAUAAAAGAUGUUUUUACUGAAUUUUAACCAUUUUACUAAGAAUUAAACUCAAUAAUAGGAUAAUUAUAGGAUAUUGUAAUUAGAGAUAGCAUUAAUAAAGAACCUUAUGCUUCAUUAGUUUUAUGCAAAUAUGAUUUGAAGUAGAAUGAUAAGGAAGAUUAAUAGAGGAUUCAGUUGAUAGACAAAAUAAUAUCGACAAAUGAAAUUAAAUUGCAAGGUUUGUCUUAGCAACAAUUAACAGAAGUUUAGACAAUAUAUUAUGAUGAAAUCAUCUAUCUAUUUGCAGUUGUUUAUUCUAGAAUUAAGAAAGUUAAUAAUACUGGCAGAGAAGUUAUGUUGAAUGAUUAUCAAAAAGUCUCGAAAACCUUUAAUGUUGAAAAUAGUUUAUACGAAUCCUUUGUAAAAAUUCUUAAUUCAACUUAAGCAGAGACGAUUAUUGAAUAUAUGAAUAAUCAUUAAAAAAUAUUUCCAUAUAAAAUGUUGAUGGGCCUAUUUAAUGCUUAAGGAUUAUAAAAUUGUAAGAAACAACUAAGAAAAGAUCAAUUGUUUAAGAUCUUUUAAAACUACUAGCAAUGA